AUGUCCGCAGCGGUCGGCCCCUUUGCGGUCGAUUCGGGCAUGUUGGCGAUAACGGCGGCUUCUGCAACCAGUCAAGAUCAAACUUCGGCCACCGUCCGCAUCCGAAAUACCAAUACAAACAAAAUCAUCCACGCAAAAUUCGCUGUCGUCGAUGGCGAAGCUCAGGCUCAUGGUGACUUUGCCAUUGACGGCGUUGCCGGCUCUUCUGCGCCGGUCGAGCUACGUUUCAUCGACCCGGCAGGCUCGCGAACGGGCAAGCUCUUCCCCACUGGAAAUCUUGUCGACGUAAUUGACUCGGUGCCGGUUACCUGUAUCGAUGCCGGAAACGGGCGCUGCUUUGUUGGGGCAGCAGCACUUGGAGUUGAUGGUUCUAUUAGCCCACAACAAAUCGAUGACCACCCGACAUUGAAGGACCAAUUAGAGUCUAUUCGACGCCAAGCGGGUGUCAGAAUGGGUCUUGCUUCAAGGGAAGAUGAAGUUCCAGGCAGCGUACCGAAAAUAAGCGUUGUCUCUGCUCCGACUGGUACAUCUUUAGGACUCGCCAACGUUGUCGUCCGCGCUAUGUCAGUUGGGCAGCCACACAAGGCUGUUCCCGUCACUGUCGCCCUCGCCCUUACUGCUGCUGCAAAGACUGAUGGGACUAUGGUAUCAGCAUGCUCGGUGCUGAGCGAGCGGGAUAACCGUGAAACGGUGAUCGCCCACGCGAGUGGAACACUGAAGGUAGCUGCUGUAUUUGAUACCGAAGGCAAACUCAGCUUUGCGACUGUUUUCCGAACGGCAAGAAGAUUGAUGGAGGGACGUGUAUUUUGGAAGGGUGUCUGA